CAGUGAUGCUGUUACGGCAAAAGCUCAGGGAGAGAUUGACAUUGUCAGCAAAUUAACACACUGUGAUGUGUUUAUUGUAUUCUUGAAGCUUGGUGAUGGAUAGCGAAAAGACGAGGUGCAUGUAAAGCGAUACAGUUCUGACUGAAGCCGGAGUAAAGCCUGUUUAACUUGAGCGAUGAUUCCCUCAUACGGGAUUAGAAUGUCCGGCAUGGCGGAUACAUGUACGUGGAGUUACCAGACAGCCUCGAUGGGAUUUGUUAACUGCGUAUAAUGAAUCAUGUCCUUGCACCAGGCUAUAACAAACGCACGCGUUCACCAAACACGUCUUCUUCUCGACAUAGAAACCGAUCCAAAUACUCCGGAUCACGACUCGAGGACACCUCUCAUGCUCGCUUGCUUCAUCGAUAAAGAACACAUCGGUUUACGAGUCACUAAAAUGCUACUUGAGAAGGGCGCAAAAGUCAAUAAAAAGGACAAACAUGGACGAACGGCGUUAUCCUACGCUGCCAUGAAUGGACGCGACAAGAUCGUCCAAAUACUACUUGAAGACAUCGAGUACGAUAUUAACUGCCCGGAUGAGAUCGGUAAUACGCCGCUUAUGUACGCCGCAAUGUCCGGUAAUGCCGCUGCAUUAAGGCCUAUUCUCGCUGUCCUACUCAAGUACAGAUUAAGCGUGGAUGUACGGAACGAAAAGGGCUUUUCCGCGUACUUACUUGCGGCCAAAAUGGGACACUUUUACUGCGCGCACAUCUUGAAAGCCGAGGGCUACGCUUCGGACAGAAUUCGCGACACCGAGUACUUCUUGAGUGAUAAGGAGUGGGUGCGUAAGACUCGUAAAGAGAUCGAGCGACUUAAGAUUAGUGAGCGGUCAACGGCGCUUUCGCCGCGUACCCCUACGCGGCCGCAUACUUCACUUGAAUUUCGAAAGUCCCCCCCUUCUCCUAGGGUACGAGCCGUCUCUAGACUCACUAAUCGAAGUGAACCGCAACAUAUGAAGUACAAUUCGUGGGUAAACACGGACGACAGUCCGCCCUCUCGAACGAGUAGCGCAAGUACUGUGCCGGGUGAGAGUCUCUUGGAUUACGAGUCAACAGAAGUUACCGAGAAGAUUCCUUCAGUAGCCCGCACGAAGACGCCAGAUCUGCAUGCUAUACUGAGCCAUUACAUGAGCGAGGACGUGUAUAGACCAGUGAAGAUAACUCCGUAUAACACGAAGGCGAAAGAGGUCAGGUUUACAGAGGAAGAGACUGUUAAAUCGGGCCGGGAGACGUCUAACAGACAUCGUAAACAGUCCAAAGCAAAUCGCAAGAGAACUGUGUACAAGUAGCCAUUCCUUAACCCCACUGUACAUUUUCUUUCUAAGCGUCUUUUGGCAACAAAUUCAAAGGGGAGACGUUAGAUAAAAUUUCUACGCGUCUUUUAGCAACAAAUUCUAAGGGGAGACGUUAGAUAAAAUUUCUACGCGUCUUUUAGCAACAAAUUCUAAGGGGAGACGUUAGAUAAAAUUUCUACGCGUCUUUUAGCUAGAAAUUUAAAAGAAGAGGAUAUAAUUUAAUUUUUGUCGUUAUGUUAAUUUUAAUUCACUUAAAAUAAAAAUAAAAAUACUUUAAAAAUA